AACAACGACGACGACGACGACGACGACGACGACGAGGACGACGACGAAAGCGACGACGACGUCGACGUCGAAGAGGAGGAGGAAGAGGAGGAAGAGGAGAAGGUGGAGGAGGAGGCAGUGGCGGAGGCAACGUGACACGGUGGUGGUGCUGCCGCUGGUAACGCUACUACCAGUAGAGGGGGACUCUCGAAGGGUGUUGGAGAAGAGGAGGAGGGCCCUCGAAAGUGUCUCGUCUCUCUCCUAUCGUCCCAUCGUCCAGGGUAUCGCUUACGAAUGUCGCGCGAUCGAGCGUUCCGCCGGCGAUCUACGAGGAGCAGGACGAACGCUUAUCUUCGUCGCGUUUGCUCGCGGAAAGGGAUUCGUUGAUCCUACAAGAAUUUUUCGCGUCGGACUUAUAGAGAAUAAAGGAGGAAUACGGGAAAGGAAGGUUAUACGCGCGUGACAUGCUCGAAAGAGAAGUCGUGGUGUCCGGUGCUCUGGUAGUAAUACUACCUUGGACCUGAGAUAAGUGAUAGAGAAUACCGGACGAAUCGUUCGUCCUUUCGCUCCUUCUUUCUCUCUCUCUUUUUCUUUCUCUUUCUCUCUCUCUCUCUCUCUCUCUCUCUCUCUCUCUCUUUCUCUUUCUUUCUUUCUUUCUCUAUUCGACGACAGACUAACGGAGAUACAACGCCGUCGAUCAAGAAUUACCGCGAAAAGUGUCCACGAGGAUGUCCGGCGAGACGGAGAUCGAAGUGUCGGUCGUGUCCGAGGAAGAUCUCGAGCUCGAGGGCUCGCGAAGUAGUUCGACGCCGGCGGACUUGUUAAUUCAAGAAAAGAAUGGAAAAGGAAGCUGCGGACUCGCACUUGGCAAUCAUCAUCGUCCUUUCAGCUUCGACGUUGGCAAGCCCGCCCUUCGGCCGGCUUGCAAUCCUCAAUACACGUCGUUCAGUAUUCAAAGUAUUCUCGGUAGGUCCGUCUCGCCGCGGAGCGACUCGACCUCGAACGUCUCCUCCACGGAAAGACGUUCGACCGACGUCGAGGUUGCUUCCUCGCCCGUCUCGCCGCCCAGUUCGAGGACGAACAAUCAAAGAAUCCCUCCGUCUUGUGCGAGCCCACCGAGAAUAAGCUCGCCGACAUCCCUCAGGCCAGCCGUCGGUCAUCAACGUGCAUCCGCCAGCAGUCAAGUCAUCGAAAACACGAGAAACGAUGCCGCCAGCAUCGGUGUUGGCUGUACAAGCCCUCCGAGUCCUAACGUCGCGGCAACUUUCUCGCCAACCACCAACGACGCCGCGACGAAUCCCCUCUUGGGUCAUCAAGCGGCUGAUCUUGCCCACGCCGUCGUCGAACACGGACAUAUGCUUCAAAGAUUGGGGCUGAUGUCGACGCUGAUAAGCGCCCGAUAUCCCGUCGGUGUCUUCUUCCCGCCAACGUUGCAACAUCUUCAUCAGCAUCAGCAACAACAGCAACAUCAGCAACAGCAGCAACAACAACAGCAACAUCACUCGCGUUUAGCGACGGUCUCCUCGGCGCUGAGCAAUGCCGUCCAAGUCGGUGGACAAGCGGCUGACAUCAGUGACGUCACAGCAGAAGCCAGCAUCAGAGGAGUCCUUCCUGGUGGACCGACAGCUUGGCCGUUUCCAUGGAGGCCCGCUCACGGAUUGCAAACGCUCGAACAUCCGUCGCCAGGCGACGUCGUUGGCGCUCUCAGCCGCGUCAGCCCUGCUUCCGCCUCCUUUCCGCAAAAGGACGAGCUGGAGGACGAGAACGGCGAGGACCGGCUGCACCGGACGAGGAGUUCAUCGAGCGGCGACGAGGCUCACGACGAGCUAGCCGACGGGGACGAUUGCCAAGAUGGCGACGGCGACGGCGACUCGACGAACGCAGGAUUGCACGGUGGCGUGGGCGGUGGGUCGGCCGGUGGUGGAGGGGUCGGUGGAGGUGGAGGAGGAGGAGGAGGAGGAGGUGGAGGAGGAGGCGGCGGCGGUGGAGGCGGCGGCGGCGGCGGCGGCGGCGGGAGUACCGGUGGUCAGAGCAACGGAGUACAAGUUGGCCUAGACUCGCGGGAUUCCGGUAGCAUAAAGCGCAAGAAGAAGACGCGCACGGUGUUCUCGCGAUCGCAGGUCUUCCAAUUGGAAUCGACGUUCGACAUGAAACGCUAUCUGUCGUCGUCGGAACGGGCAGGCCUCGCUGCGUCCUUGAGAUUGACGGAGACUCAGGUGAAGAUCUGGUUCCAGAAUCGUCGCAACAAGUGGAAAAGACAAUUGGCCGCCGAAUUGGAGGCCGCAAAUAUGGCGCACGCCGCUCAGAGACUCGUCAGGGUGCCGAUACUGUACCACGAAGCUUCCGCGGGUAGCGCUAGUUCGGCUGGAGUAUCCGUCUCGGUAACGGCACCGCCUCAACCACCAACGGCACCGUCCUCGGCCGUCUCCUCGGUGCUCUCGCAUUCCGUCGGCGUUGGCGUCGGCGUCGGGGUUGGCACUUCCUGUGCCCCGGUAGUCGGCCAAACUGCCCAACCGAUCUUCUACUCUCAUCACCAUCAACACCAUCAUCAUCAUCCGGCUCACGUGCAGCCUCACGCCCUUCUACCCCACCAAGUGCAUCCCCAACCACCCCCGCCACCGCCACCACCACCCAACGGGCAACCGACCCAAUCCUCCUCGCAAUAACACCGUCCGCUCUUCUGCCCGAUUACGAUCGUCUUCGACCGGCAGCAACCUGCAGGAAUCAGCUUGAGAAACGACCACGACGAUCGCCCGAGGAAGGAGGAUCAAGAGGAAGAGGUGGAAGUAAGGGACGUGGACGAAGAGGAAGAGGACGUUCUCUCGGUGUCCAUCGACGAUGCUCGACCUUCCGACGACCUCGACGUCGGAUGAGCGUGAUCAUUAUGCCAUAAAAGAAUGUACUGUCUCCCCUCUCUCUUUCUCUCUCACUCACUUGUUCUCUCUUUGUUCUCUCUCUCUCUCUUACUCCUCUCCAUCUAUCUCUCUAGCUCUCUAGCUCUAUUUCUCUCUCUCUCUCUCUCUCUCUCUCUCUCUCUCUCUCUCUCUCUCUCACUCUUGAUUUCUUUCUUUGCUUCGCGGGCUCGGGACUUUUCGUGCAAACGUCGAUUCGAAGCUUCCUUCUUUUUCGACGUCCUCCAUGAGAGAAAGACAAAUCGAGAAAGAGGGAAGACGCAACUGCAACAUCGCAACGCUCUUUACAAAGUCUCUCCCUCGCGAGAGAGUAAAAUGGAGGUAGAGAAAAUGAGAGAAAGAGAGAAAGAGAGAAGGGAAGAGAGGGGGAGAGAGAGAGAGAGAGAAAGACCGAUAUACAUACAAAGUUCGCGUAUGUACGCGACUGUGUAUAUUAUCGGACGUAAUCUCGGGCUCUUCUCUCUCUCUGUUUGGGGCUACGACCUUAGCUACGUCCUAAGACACGGCCAGGGUUCCUACGAAUAUAUUCUACCUGUUGUGAUAAGUAUCCAAACGAUUGAUUUUAUUAAACGAAACGGUAGAGUUACGAAAACAACGAGCAGCAUCUCCUUCUUAA